UCAAGGUGUUUUUGGCUCGACAGCAUCCUUGAGCGCGGUGCUGCUAGUCCCCGGACCCUUGAUAUCAUGGCCAAGUCCAGCCUGCUUCCUGCGAUUCUUGCAGCAUUUGCCCUGGGCUCCCUGUCAUUUGUGGGCUAUCAGCCGGCAGCCCGCACUGCGGACAACCGCGUGGCCAUGAGGGGAGCUGCAGUCGAGUGGGACCCAAAGCUGAGCCGAGAUGUGGUGGAGGUCAUGUUCACGGCUCCGGCGCAAGGUGCGCGUGCGCGCAUGCUGGUGCGGUCUGACGCUGACGUCAUGGAGGUGCUGAAGGAUGGACGAAAGAAGUUGGGAUUCGACCAGGAGUGGAUGCCAGACACCGACUUCAAGCUCUACAAUGCUGAGGAUGAGGACGCCGGACCUAUGAAGGGCAAGAUGAAGGACAACGGUCUCAUCGACUUCUCCUUCGAGAUCCACAUGUACUACGAGCCCCAGUGAUGCGGUAAGGGGGCUCGCUAGCUGCUAGUGUUGUUUGAAUGCAUCGUUCAUUUGCAUGCUCCAUGAUGCCCCAUGAUGCUCCAACAUCCAUCGAGUCGCUGCACAGCGAUACCUGUCAUGACCGUCAAUCUGUUUUUGCACAUGAAUGUACGAAUGUUUCCCGUGCUGGCUGUUUGGCGGGAAUGAUGCACUCCUGGACACGGCAACAUGCAAAGUGUUUCAGGAUUUCAGUCUGGCACUUCUCCAUCCACGCGCUUUUGAGCAGGUUU